GUCAGCGCUCUCAGGAGGCCGACAAUUUUGUUGACGAAAGAAGUGGAAGAAAGAAAUACAACCGUGACGAGUUUGGGAAAGAUUUUACUGUGAAAGCUUCCCUAAAAAUGCAUCAGGUCAUCCACACCGGAGAGAGACCAUUCAGCUGUGACGAGUGUGGAAAGUCUUUUACCACGUCUGGACACUUAAAAACACACAAACUCAUCCACACUGGAGAGAGACCGUUCAGCUGUGACGAGUGUGGAAAGUCUUUUACCACGUCUGGACACUUAAAAACACACAAACUCAUCCACACUGGAGAAAGACCGUUCAGCUGUGACGAGUGUGGAAAGUCUUUUACCACGUCUGGACACUUAAAAACACACAAACUCAUCCACACUGGAGAGAGACCGUUCAGUUGUAGAGACUGUGGAAAGUCUUUUACCAAGUCUGGAAAGUUAAAAACACACAAACUCAUCCACACCGGAGAGAGACCAUUCAGCUGUGACGAGUGUGGAAAGUCUUUUACGCAGUCUGGAAGCUUAAAAACACACCAACUCAUCCACACUGGAGAGAGACUGUUCAGCUGUGGAGACUGUGGAAAGUCUUUUACCGAGUCUGGAAACUUAAAAAGACACCAACUCAUCCACACUGGAGAGAGACCGUUCAGCUGUGGAGACUGUGGAAAGUCUUUUACCGAGUCUGGAAACUUAAAAAAACACCAACUAAUCCACACUGGAGAGAGACCGUUCAGCUGUGACAAGUGUGGAAAGUCUUUUACCCACUCUGGAAGCUUAAAAACACACAAACUCAUCCACACUGGAGAGAGACCGUUCAGCUGUGACGAGUGUGGAAAGUCUUUUGCCCACUCUGGAAGCUUAAAAACACACCAACUAAUCCACACUGGAGAGAGACCGUUCAGCUGUGGAGACUGUGGAAAGUCUUUUACCGAGUCCGGAAGCUUAAAAACACACAAACUCAUCCACACUGGAGAGAGACCGUUCAGCUGUGACGAGUGUGGAAAGUCUUUUACGCGCAUUUCACACUUAAAAUCACACCAACUAAUCCACAGUGGAGUUAAAGCGUACACCUGUGAUCAGUGUGGCAGAGCUUUUACUCACAGUAACAGCUUACAGAGUCAUCUAGUUACCCACUCUGGAAUUAAGGCGUACAGCUGUGACAUUUGUGGAAAAACUUUCAGCCGGAUAGACAGCCGAAACAUUCACCUACGCAUUCACACCAGACAUGAUGUGUACAGCUGUGAUCAGUGUGGUAAACAGUUUACCACAAACACAGAUUUACAACGUCACAUGUUUACCCACACUGAGGAACGACCUUAUAAAUGUGACCUGUGUGAGAAGACUUUUAAAUCUCCACGUUACCUGAAAGCACACCAACAGAUCCACACCAGAAAGACUCUACAAGUGUAGUUACUGUGAGAAGCAGAGCGACACAGAUGGAUCAAGUUCUCAACCCUGUCAUCGCUGUGGGAAAGACUUUUGUUGUGACCUUUGUGGAAAAACUUUAAGUCAUUGAAGGACUCUGAAAAUACAUCAACGUAGACACACUGGAGACAAAAUGAACUACUGUAAAGAAUGCGGGAGAGGCUUCACCACUUCAAAGGACUUCAAACAAUAUGAACUCCUUCACAGUGGCGUUAAAAAGCAUGUCUGCGAUCAGUGUGGGUCAUCCUUCAUCAAUGCACGUCAGCUUGAAAAGCAUAAACGAGUCCACACAUGAGAGAAACCAUACAAGUGCAGACACUGUGACAAAACCUUUUCACAAUAAUGUGAUCAUACUAAGCAUGAAUGCAGACACAUGAAAGAGAACUUCAUCUGUGAAAGAGUUUGAGUAAUCUCAGUUCAUACUCCACUCAGAAACGAUUCCAUGUUACAAAUAAACUGUUACGUCUUGAUUCCUGCUUUUACGUUAAUCUUAUAAACAGCACAUUUGCAUAACGACUGAAACCGGCCCAAUGAAUGAACAAUGGGCUGUGAGGUCAAUUUCUUCAUCGUUAAUAUGCAAAUUCUUAUGAGCAUUGAUCAACAACCACUGGUCAAUGGCCAUGAGUACCAUUCACAGAGUAAAAAUUUGCAUAAUGAUUAUGAAGUUUACUGUUACCAAUGUUCAAAAACAUUUACUAAAUUAUCUUCUCUGUGCAAACAUCAGCGUGAUGCAGGACUGAAAUCAUUGCCAUCUGGCUCCAGAAAAGUGCAAUCAAACGAUGAGUUUAUUAGCACAGGAGAAGCCACAUCAGGAUAUGUCCUCUGACAAAAAUACAUGUCGAGAACACUUUUAAAGCAGUGGGGUAUCCGCCCUCCCAUGGCGUCAACACAAGUUAAAAGUUCAUCGUGUACAGUCAAUGGUAUAUCUUGUAAAUCUUCAAUAGCUAUAAACAGACAUAUAGCAGACAUAUAACUUCCCUUUUCUGCAACACCUUCCAUGCACAAUCAUAGUCUUAAGACUUCAGAGUGUCUGAGGGCUGGUUAUCGCCUCCAGUCAUCUGUUACCAGGUAGGUAAAAGGGCAGCCAGUUACAAAAAGGUCAAAGACACUGCUCAGGGGCCUGUUGCUAGAUUUAUGUACUGUAAGCAUGCAUGCAAUCAGCCUGUUAUGUUCUCAUCCUCCCUCAACAUGUAUCACCUGGACACUCUCACCAGUGAAGCUUAAAACCCUCUUGGAUGGAACAUCAACUCUAAACAAGCACAGUUAUGCAUUGUGUAUAGAAUGAACUCAACCUGUGAAUAGAAUGAAUGUGAUGACAAACAUAUUCAAUGCAAUAUGAACCCUGUAAGCAAUAUUACUGAUAAAAU